AUACAAACAUUUCUCUCCACCGCCGCCCCCGCCUCCCCGGCUAGGGACUAUUUUUUCAGCCACCCCUCCCCGGCGGAGAAGACAGCCUCGGCACUGGGACGGGUCGCUCCGCGGCAAUGGCGGCCGGGCCGAGGCUGAGUUAGAGCGAGGCGGGGGGGAGACUCGCUCGCUCGCGGUGGGGGAGGCGCUGAUAGGACUAUGCCGAGCGGGGCCCUGCCCGCGCCAAACGCUGCCUGAGCCCGUGUCCUGCCUUGGCAGUAGCAGCUGGGCCGCCCCCGACAUGGCCGAGCCCUCGGUCCCCUCCUCCGGCGGCGGCUCCCUGCCGCUCAUUGAAUCAGAGCUCUACUUCCUCGUCGCCCGCUUCCUGACCACCGGGCCCUGCCGGAGAGCGGCGGAGGUGCUGGUGCAGGAGCUGGAGCAGCACCAGUUGCUUCCUAAAAGGUUGGAUUGGGAAGGAAAUGAGCAUUGUAGAAGUUAUGAAGAUUUGGUCUUAUCCAACAAACAUGUGGCUCCAGAUCAUUUGUUGCAAAUUUGCAAGCGUAUUGGCCCUAUACUGGAUAAAGAGAUUCCACCCAGCAUUUCAAGAGUGAAUUCCUUACUUGGUGCAGGGAGGCAGUCAUUGCUACGUACAGCGAAAGAUUGCAGGAAUACUGUUUGGAAGGGCUCUGCUUUAGCUGCUCUUCGUAGAGGAAGACCUCCUGAAAUUCCUGUAAACUAUGGCCCUCCACCAAACCUUGUGGAAGUAAAUCGUGCAAAACAAUUAACUGGGUAUGCAACAUAUAGAACAUCGUUUCCAGGAAGUAUGUAUCAGCACAUAAGGAUGCACAGGCGGAUUCUUGGCCAUCUCUCUGCAGUCUACUGUGUUGCAUUUGAUAGGACUGGACACCGAAUAUUUACUGGUUCAGAUGAUUGCUUGGUGAAAAUUUGGUCAACUCACAAUGGCCGAUUGCUCGCCACACUACGAGGUCAUUCAGCCGAGAUUUCUGAUAUGGCUGUGAAUUAUGAAAACACUAUGAUUGCAGCUGGAAGCUGUGAUAAAAUGAUCAGGGUAUGGUGUCUGAGAACUUGCGCACCAGUUGCUGUGCUCCAGGGACACACAGGAUCCAUUACAUCUUUACAGUUUAGUCCAAUGGUCAAAGGCUCCAUGCGCUACAUGGUCUCUACUGGUGCAGAUGGAACUGUUUGCUUUUGGCAAUGGGAUGCAGAUUCCAUGAAAUUCAGUAAUCGGCCAGUGAAGUUUACAGAGAAAUCCAGGCCUGGAGUUCAGAUGCUAUGUUCUUCUUUUAGCAUUGGUGGUACAUUUCUAGCAACAGGCAGUACAGAUCAUGUUAUCAGGAUGUAUUUUUUUGGCUCUGAAACACCUGAAAAAAUAGCUGAACUGGAAAGCCAUGCUGACAAAGUCGACAGCAUUCAGUUUUCGAACGGUGGUGAUAGGUUCAUAAGUGGCAGCAGAGAUGGAACAGCCCAUAUCUGGCGUUUCCAGCAAACAGAAUGGAGGAGCAUCUUGUUGGAUAUGGCUGAUAGGUUACCAGGUGACUCUCAUUCAGAAGAAGACAGAUUUAUGAAGCCGAAAGUAACAAUGAUAGCUUGGAAUCAAAAUGAUAAUUUUGUUGUUACUGCUGUGAAUAAUCAUCUGCUAAAAGUUUGGAAUUCUUAUACUGGGCAAUUACUUCAUGAUAUGGUGGGACAUACAGAUGAAGUAUUUGUGUUGGAGACCCACCCGUUUGAUUCAAGGAUUAUGUUAUCUGCAGGCCAUGAUGGCAAUAUCUUUAUAUGGGAUAUUACAAAAGGCAUCAAAACUAAGCAUUAUUUUAACAUGAUUGAAGGACAAGGACACGGUGCUGUUUUUGACUGCAAGUUUUCAUCAGAUGGACAACAUUUUGCCUGUACAGAUUCUCAUGGGCAUCUGUUGAUAUUUGGUUUUGGGUGUAACAAGCCUUAUGAAAAGAUUCCUGAUCAGAUGUUCUUCCACACUGACUACCGACCAUUGAUUCGAGACGCUAACAAUUAUGUCCUAGAUGAGCAAACACAACAGGCUCCUCAUCUCAUGCCACCUCCGUUCUUAGUAGAUGUGGAUGGAAACCCUCAUCCAACAAAAUACCAGAGAUUAGUACCAGGAAGAGAGAACUGUGCAGACGAACAUUUGAUUCCUCAACUGGGAUAUAUAGCAACAAGUGAUGGAGAGGUUGUUGAGCAAGUGAUAGGCCAGCAAACUGUUGACCAGGAUGAACAAAGUCUGGAACCCAACAUUCUUGAUGGCAUGAUAAGACAAUUACAGCAACAGCAAGACCAAAGAACUGGAUCAGAUCAAGAAGUUGUUCCAAAUGGACUACAGAAUGGAGAAGGAACACCUAGAAGAGGUUUUAGAAGGCCGAGUUUAGACAUCCAGUCCCCUCCCAAUAUUGGUCUGCGUCGCAGUGGGCAAGUGGAAGGUGUACGUCAAAUGCAUCAGAAUGCUCCACGAAGUCAAAUUGCCACAGAGCGAGACCUUCAGGCUUGGAAACGAAGAGUUGUUGUACCAGAAAUACCACUGCAUUUAUUCAGAAAACAGGAGGAGUACCGGAUUGCAAAAGGAGAGGAAGAGAGAGAGCUCUAUGCAACAGAGAGGAAAAGGAAGACAUUUCAGUUCUCAGAAAAGAGUGACUCUGAAGCUUCACUGAUACAAUCCAAGCGUAGACUACAUAGGCGUAAAUAUCCAAGUUAUCGAACACGGAAUAACACAGAACAACUUGAUUCAUCUGAUGAGGAAAGGGAUGACUGUUUUGGCUUUAUAAACCAGGAAGCAGAAGAAAGUGAAGGCUCAGGUUCUUCUGAUGAGGAGGAAGAAUGGAAAAGUGACAAGAAAAGCAACAGUAACAGUUCUAGUGACUCUUCAAGUAGAUAUUCUGACUGGAUAGCUGAUGCAGGGAUAAAUCUCAAGCCUCCUGUACGAACAUCUCGAUGCAAAGCUAUCAGAUAUUGUAGUACUUCAGAAGAUGAAGUAUCAGCAGAGAAAUCUUUUCCUCCAAAGAGGAGAAGAAAAAGAAGGAAAAAAUCCAAACCGAAAAAGCAGGAAGAGAAUGUGCAGAAUAGUACUCCCACACAGCCAGUAAACGAAGACGUGUUAUAUGACUACCAUCCUCCUGUUUGGAUAACUGACACAGCACUUCGAAAAUCUCCUUUUGUUCCCCAAAUGGGAGAUGAGGUAAUAUAUUUUCGACAAGGUCAUGAAGCUUAUAUUGAAGCAGUUAGAAAAAAUAAUAUUUAUGAACUGAACCCCCACAAGGAGCCAUGGAGAAAAAUGGUCCUUAGGGAUCAAGAAUUGGUAAAAAUUGUUGGGAUACGAUAUGAAGUUGGUCCUCCCACACUGUGUUGCCUGAAGCUUGCCUUUAUAGACCAUGCCACUGGAAAACUUUCAGACAAAUCAUUUUCUCUCAAAUACCAUGAUAUGCCAGAUGUCAUUGACUUUCUUGUAUUGCGUCAGUUUUAUGAUGAAGCACGACAAAGGAAUUGGCAAGCUUUUGAUAGAUUCCGAUCCAUUAUUGACGAUGCUUGGUGGUUUGGAACAGUGUUGGGUCAAGAGCCAUAUCAGCCACAGUAUCCAGAUAGUCACUUUCAGUGUUACAGUGUUAAAUGGGAUAACGGUGAAAUUGAAAAGCUUAGCCCAUGGGACAUGGAGCCAAUUCCUGAUAAUGUUGAUCAACCUGAGGAAUUAGGAUCUAGUGUUUCUGUAACUUAUGAAGAAAUGGAGAAGCUACUAUACAAACCCCAAGAGGGAGAAUGGGGGAAAAGAUCUCGAGAUGAAGUAUGUGAACGGAUUAUCAGUGGCAUUGAUCAGCUUCUGAAUCUUGACAUUUCUGCAGCUUUUGCUGGUCCAGUUGAUCUGAGUACAUAUCCAAAGUACUGUACAGUGAUAGCUUAUCCAACGGAUCUUUGCACUAUUAGGAUGAGACUAAUCAACCGGUUUUACAGGAGGAUCUCUGCAUUGGUGUGGGAAGUCAGAUGUAUUGAAAGUAAUGCUAGCACCUUCAAUGAACCUCGGAGUGCUAUUGCUCGAUCUGCUAAGAAGAUCACUAAACAGCUGUUAAAGUUCAUUGAUGAUCCGGUUUGUACAAACAUAUUUGAGCUUAGUAAUACAACAGAAGAUGAGCAGGACUCUCUUGAUGCUGCUGAUCUGGAUGAUGAUAAAUGUCUUCCAAGAACUUCUUACAGAAAAGUAAAAAGACGGGUUAUGAAGAGACGAAACAAUGUGAAAAUUAACUAUGAUGAAAAUACCUGGAAGAAACAAUGUAUGGAACUGGUAAAUUUAAUUUUCCAAUGUGAAGAUUCUGAGCCUUUUAGACAACCUGUUGAUUUGGAUCAAUAUCCUGACUACAGACAUAUUAUAGACACUCCAAUGGACUUUGGUACAGUGAAGGAGACGCUGGAAGCUGGAAAUUAUGAUAACCCGAUGGAACUAUGCAAAGAUAUAAGACUAAUAUUUAGCAAUGCAAAAUCUUACACUCCAAGUAAAAGAUCAAAGAUUUAUAGUAUGACCUUGAGAUUAUCAGCACUAUUUGAGGAAAAAAUGAGAAGAAUCGUUUCAGACUUUAAAACUGGCCAAAAACACAAUGAAAGACUGAGAAGAAGCCAGAGAUGUUAUAGGAGGUUGCAAAAUCAUAGCAUGGUACAGCACCCUAACAGAACACUCAGAAAUGUGAAGCAGAAACCCUUAAAAUCUCAGGCAAAAAUUGAAUCUGAGCAGGAAGAUUCUUCUACCCAACCUACCUCUAGCAAAGCAGCAUGUGUUACAAGCCAUAAAAUAAAUGCUAGCACCUAUGCCCACAGUUCUUCUGGCGAAUCUUCUGAUUCUGCUUGCAUAUCAUCACGUGAAAGAAAUGGAAAAGCUAGAACUACACCCUUAACAAAUCAUACUGCAUUGUCAUCAGAAAGUGAAAUAGAAGGCUCUUCAGCUUCUUCCUCUGCCUCCUCAUCAGGAUCUUCUUCCUCUUCUUCGUCAAGUAGCUCAGAGGAAAGUAAAGAGAGCUCUAUGGCUCUUGCAUCCCCAGUAUUACACAACGGUAUAUCCAGAGCAAAGAACAGCAGCUUUAGGGUAACCAGAAAUAGAGCAGCUCAAAGAAAGCAAAUGGGAUCAGAUUCUCAGGAGAAUGGCAAUAUCAGAAAAACUGCCAGGAAAAGGCUAUAUAGAAGUGACUCUGAAAAUACUUCAGCAGUGGCUUGUGAAUCGUUGAGGAACAAAACUGGUAGACAUAGAAAAAUUCCGCGCAGAAGUGCUACUGUGGCUGCUAAUAAAUUAAGGCUGAUGAGUGAUGUGGAGGAAGAGAUCUCCAGUUCAGAAAGUGUUGGCAUUGCAAGCAAGAACAGAAAACUGCCCCACCGCAAUGCUUCUGCUGCAGCCAGGAAACUGCUAUUGGACGGUUCUGAUGAUGAGACGGGUUUAAAGUCUGAAAGUGAAAAAGAACUAAAAGAACAGUAUGCAAGGAAGAAAACACUUUCUCAACCUGGUUCAUCUGCUGCUAGAAGAAAAUAUAUUAGUGAAUCUGAAGUUGGAAGUUCAGAUUCUGAAACUGAUACAAGAAUGGCACACAAAAAUAGGCAAAGCAAUAGCAAAAAACCACCACAGAGGACGGUCUGUGCUGCAUCUCCUAAAAUUAAAAAUCCAACAGUAGAAUUUUCAGAGGACGACUCCAAAAGCCAUAAGUCAGAGGAUGGGAGCAGUCAGAAAGUGUCCAGCCAGUCAACUUCUACACACAAACAGCAUGCAGUGAGCAACUCUGAGGAUGAGGAAGAUUCUGAGUCAGGCAGGUGGAAUGGUAGAAAAAUCAAGAAGGUGACAAGUCAAAAGCCUGCAACUCCUUUCAAAAAAGCAAAAGUCUUGAGUGACUUAGAGGACACAGCAGAGUCUGAAACAGAAGUGAAGGAGAAUGGAAGAAGUUCUGUGUCAGAGAGCAUGGAAACUUCUGGGACUCCAGGGAGCUCAAAAUCUGGACCUGAUGCUAGUUUCAAUUGCUCUUCUAAUUUAGCAUCUGAAACUGAUACCAAUAAUAGUAACCAUAGUGAUGCCAUAAACAAAAAGAGGAGGAAAAGGGAAGUCACUAAAAAAGGGUCUUUCUCGCAAGAGAAUGGACACAGCAGAAGAGCUACCAGGAAAAGGUUAUAUGGGAGUGACUCAGAAUAUUCAAAGGGGGUUUACAAAAUAGUGAAUGACAAAGAUGAUGGUCGCAGAAGAAUUCCACGCAGAAGUGCUACUGUGGCUGCCAGUAAAUUAAGACUAAUGAGUGAUGUGGAGGAAGAGAUCUCUAGCUCAGAAAGUAUUGGCAUUGGAAGCAAGAACAGAAAACUGCCCCACCGCAGUGCCUCUGCUGCAGCCAGGAAAUUGUUGUUGGAUGGCUUUGAAGAUGACACCGGUUUAAAGUCUGAAAGUGAAAAAGAACUAAAAGAACAGAAUAUUAAGCGGAAAAUGCUUUCGCAGGCUGGUUCAUAUGCUAGAAGAAAAUAUAUUAGUGAAUCUGAAGAUAAAAGUUCAGAUUCUGAAAUAGGUGCAAAAAUGGCACCAAAAAAUAGGCAAAGCAAUGGCCAUAAACAACCACACAGGACGGUCUGUGCUGCAUCUCCUAAAAUUAAAAAUUCCACAGUAGAAUUCUCAGAGGAGGACUCCAAAAGCCAUAAGUCAGGGGAUGGGAGCAGUCAAAAGGUGUCCGACCAGUCAACUUCUGCACACACACAGUAUGCCGUAAGCAACUCUGAGGAUGAGGCAGAUUCUUUGUCAGGCAGGUGGAAUGGUAGAAGAAUUAAGAAGAUGACCAAUCAAAAGUCUGCAACUCUUUUCAAGAAAUCAAAAGCCUUGAGUGAUUUGAAGAACAGAGCAGAGUCUGAAACCGAAGUGAGGGAGAAUGGAAGACGGUCUGCAUCAGAGAGAAUGGGACCUUCUGGAACUGCAGGGAGCUCAAAAUCGGGACCUGAUGCCAGUUUCAAUUGCUCUUCUAAUUUAGAAUUUGAUACUGAUUCCAAUAGCAGUAACUAUAGCAAUGCCACAAACACAAAAAAAAGGAAAAGGAAAGGAAAAACAAAAGUCAUUAGAAAAGAAUCAACCUCUGAGGAGAUUGGACAAAAUACAAAAGUGCUCAGGAGCAGGACAUAUAUGAAUGACUACAAAAAAUAUACAACGUUUUCUAGUGAGACAUUAAAUGCCAAAACUGUUACUGGAAAAAAACCUCCAUGCAGAAGUGCUACUUUGGCUGCUAAUAAAAUUAAGAUGAUGAGUGAUGUAAAGGAAGAGCUCUCCAGCUCAGAAAGUGUGUGCACUGAAAAAAAGAAUAGAAAACUGCCUCACCGGACGGUGUCUGCUGCAUCCAAGAAAAGGCUAAGGGACAGCUCUAAGGUAGAUGCCACUUUCAAGUCUGAAAGUGAAAAAGUAAAAGAGCAACAUACUAACAGGAAAACACACACUCAGCCUAAUUCAGCUGCUGCUAGAAGAAAAUAUAUUAGAGAGUCUGAAAGGGGAAAAUCUGAAUCUGAGAAAGAGACAAAGAUAACACAAAAGAACAUGCAUAUUAAUGACCACAAGCAGCCACACAGAACUGUCCGUGCUGCAUCUCUUAAAAUGAAAAAUUCCACAGUAGAAUUUUCAGAGGAGGACUCCAAAAGCCGUAAGUCAGGGGAUGGGAGCAGUAAGAAAGCUUCUGACCAGUCAGCUUUUGUACGCAAACAUCAUGCAGUGAGCAACUCUGAGGGUGAGGCAGGUUCUGAAUCAGGCAAGUGCAAAGGUAAAAAAACCAAGGUGACCAGUCAAAAGGCUGGGACGUCUUUCAAAAAAGCAAAAUUCUUGAAUGCCGUAAAGGACACAGAGUCUGAAACAGGAGAGCAGGAAGAUGGAAGAAGUUCUUUGUGUCAGCGGACUGCUCCUUCUGAGACUGCAAAGAUUGGAAAAUCUGGAUCUGGUGCCAGUAUAAAUUGCUCUUCCAAUUUAGAAUCUGAAACUGAUUCUAGUAACAGUAGCUAUAGGAAUACCACAAAAACAAAAAAGAGGAAAAGAAAAAGAAAAACUAAAGUAAUUAGAAAAGGUAAAAUUUCAAAUUCAAAUGUAUCUAAGCCGUCCAGAAGGCCCCAGCGAACAAAACGCCCUAAACUUAAUCAAGAAAAUGACUCUGACGAUGUGGACUAUACCAAAUAUAAAAGAGCAAAUCGACGUUCUAAAAUAAGAACUAGAAAUGGGGGUAGAAGGACUGUGAGAUAUGAUGAUGGUGGUGAUGAUGAUGAUAGAGGUCUAGAUUACAUAGAUUGUGGAACAUAACCUUAAGUGGAAAAGCUAGUCUGCUUUUUUUAUGGUAAUAGUGCUAGGAUUCAUGAUGAAUGCUGGCUCCAUCUUUGUCCUACAUUUCAGGGAAUAUAUUUAUAUUUUUCUAUGAAAAAGUUAUUAAUAUCAAAUCAUGACUCUCCUUUUCAUAUUUUGACUUGCACUUGCCUGCCCAUGCAGCAGCAUUUAGCACAGAUGCCAAAAUGUGCCUCAUUAUAGGGGCAAAAUUUUGUCUUUACUGGUAUUUUACUACAUAUAGCAAGAGUUUAAAAAAAAGUUAAAUACCUGGCAACAGGUUAAUAGCAGUAUGUGGAGUAUUAUUAUGGGUGCUGCAAUGUGCUACUACUUGGGCCUUACAAUAUAAGUGCAUUCAAGAACAGCUGAUUUAAACCCCUCUUAAUGUUGUAUGAAAUUUCAUACAACAGUAACAGACUUGCAACUAUUACUGUACAUUAUAAAAAUAGUGGUGAAUGAUGACUUUACAAACAUCAAAAGUAAUAAAUGAUUAUUACAUUAAUAACUUGAAUUAGUACAUCCUUUAAAAUGUACAGUGCUACCACUAUUGAAAAUACAUAACCUGAAAGAACUAAUAAUGGAAAAGAUAUAUUUAACAAUUUUUAAAAAAUGGUAUUGGGGAAAAAUAGGGGGUUGGUGACAGGUGAUACUGUCAUUUUUAAUAUGCGGCUUCCAUGCUGUAAAGUUGAGACCACAAAAUGCAGGUGAACGAUUGGGACUAAGGGUUUGUGUGUGUUAUAUAUAUAUAUAUAUAUAUAUGAAAAGAAAUGUGCUGUGUAUUUUUUAAAAUUUGUGUAUUUAAAACUUGUUUAUCUUUUAAAUGGGUGAAAAGUU